AUGCUUUGCAAGCAAUUUCUCCAGCCACCAUGGAAGUUCUUAUGAGAGUUUUGGCAGAUUGCGAUUCCUGGGAAGAUGGAAAUCCUGAAGAAGUGGGGAGGAAGGUAGAACUUACUUUGAAGUGCCUUACAGAAGUGGUACAUAUCCUUCUCACCAGCAGCUCUGAUCAGCGUCAAGUGGAAACCAGCACUAUUCUGGAGAACUAUUUUAAGUUGCUGAAUUCAGAUCACUCAGCUUUACCUAACCAAAGGAGGUCCAGACAGUGGGAAAACCACUUCAUCGUGCUACAGAUCAAAAUGCUGAAUACCAUCACAGCCAUGUUUGAUUGCACAGAUCGGCCCGUUCUUCAGGCCAUUUUUCUUAACAGUAAUUGCUUUGAACAUCUCAUACGAUUGCUACAGAACUGCAAGCUCUUUUUAAAUGCUAACAAUAAGGUGGCAGACAAGAACGAGAAAGACCUUGCCAACAAAUUACUGACAGAAAUGAAUGAGGACCAGGUUUUUCAGGGACAGUUGGAUUGUUUGGCUAUAUCAACCAUUCAGGCUUUGACAGCAGUAAUGAAGAAAUCUCCUGCUGCUAAGGAAGUAUUUAAAGAAAGAAUCGGCUAUGCACAUUUAUUUGAAGUAUUAAAAUCCCUGGGUCAGCCACCACUGGAACUACUUAAAGAACUUAUGAAUAUGGCUGUAGAGGGUGACCACACUUCGGUUGGGAUUUUGGGCAUUAGUAAUGUUCAGCCUCUCCUGCUUCUUAUCCGGUGGCUGCCAGAACUUGAGUCCCAUGACCUGCAAAUCUUCACCUCAGACUGGCUGAAAAGAAUUUGCUGUAUUAACAGGCAGAGUCGAACUACUUGUGUCAAUGCCAACAUGGGGAUUCGGAUCAUUGAAACCCUUGAUUCUCAUUCUUCCCUCCAUCGAAUUUGUGCUGAGAAUUUGAUUGCACUCCACGGUUCCUUGGGGAGUCAGUCAGUGAGCUCAGAAGAAAUCCGCCGACUGUUAAGACUGCUGAGAGUGGAUGAAUCUGAGCAUGUUCACCCAUAUACCAUUGCUGUGACUCGAACAAUCCUGACAAUGGCCCGAAAACAAAGUCUAGAGAGUGCACUGCAGUAUUUUAAUUUGUCACAUAGUAUGGCAGGAAUUUCUGUGCCUUCCAUACAGAAAUGGCCAGGGUCUGCCUUUUCUUUCAAUGCUUGGUUUUGCUUAGAUCAGGAUCAGUUGACUCUUGACAAUGCUAACAAAGGAGGAAAAAGGAAACAGUUGUACAGUUUUUUUACAGGAAGUGGUAUGGGUUUUGAAGCUUUUAUUGCCCAUUCAGGUAUGUUGGUUGUGGCAGUGUGUACAAAAAGAGAAUAUGCAACAGUUAUGCUUCCUGAUCACAGUUUCUGUGAUUCCCUUUGGCACAACAUAACCAUCGUUCACAUACCUGGAAAAAGACCCUUUGGUCAGAGUUAUGUUUAUAUCUAUGACAAUGGACAACAAAAGGUCUCUGCCCCUCUCCGAUUUCCUGCCAUGAAUGAACCUUUUAUUUCCUGCUGUAUUGGUUCAGCUGGGCAAAGGACUACCACUCCACCACCAUCCCAAAUUCCAGAUCCACCUUUUUCUUCUCCUAUUACGCCUCAUCGGGCAUCAUUUGGUGGAAUUCUGUCAUCAGCCUCCUGGGGAGGAACAACUGAGAAAUCAAAACUGGUUACCAAAUUGAUAUCAGCUGGAACCCAGGACAGUGAAUGGGGCUGUCCCACAUCUCUAGAGGGCCAGUUAGGUUCUGUCAUCAUCUUUCAUGAAGCGCUACAGCCUCCUCAAGUGAAAAUGCUAUAUUUGGCAGGUCCAAACUGUUUAAGCCCUUGGAAAUUUCAAGAUACUGAGAUAGCUGACCUGCCUGGUAAUGUCCUACUUCACUACACUGCAAAGGCAUGUAAAAAUGCAAUCUGUCUUGAUUUAUCUGCUAACUCUCUGCAUGGAAGAUUAACAGGAAACAAAGUUGUGAACUGGGACAUUAAGGACAUCAUAAACUGCAUAGGUGGAUUAAAUGUGCUCUUCCCUUUAUUGGAACAAAUCAGCCAUAUUUCAGAAAGACAGAUUCCUGAAGGAUUAAAUGAAAGCACAACUCCUGAAGUGAUAACACCUGUAGAAGAAGAUUGGGUGGUACUGACAGCAAAGACAUCAGAAUCAAGACUAGAAAAAAAUUUAAUCGCCACAUUUAUCUUGAUUGUGAAGCACUUUAUUCAAAGACAUCCUAUUAACCAAGACAAUCUUAUUCACUCCCAUGGAGUUGCUACACUUGGUGCCUUACUUCAGAAGGUGCCAAGUAUCUUGAUGGAUGUUAAUGUAUUGAUGGCAAUUCAAUUACUAAUUGAGCAAGUCUCAUUAGAGAAAAAUUCACAGCUUCUUCAACAAAUGUAUCAGUAUUUGCUUUUUGACUUCCGUAUUUGGAAUCGUGGUGAUUUUCCCUUUCGAAUUGGUCAUAUACAGUAUCUUUCCACCAUUAUCAAAGACAGCAGAAGAGUUUUUCGCAAGAAGUAUGGUGUGCAGUUUCUCCUCGAUACACUUAGGAUUUACUAUGGGAGUGGCUGUAAAUAUACUGAGUUGUCUCUAGAUGAUAUUCGAACAAUAAGGACUUCUUUGUAUGGACUGAUUAAAUAUUUUCUAUGCAAAGGUGGAACUCAUGAAGAGAUUCAAAGUAUUAUGGGUUAUGUAGCUGCUAGCAGUGAAGAAGAACAGCUCUUUGGCAUUUUGGAUGUACUCUUCAGUCUCCUACAUACCAGCCCAACUAGAGGUCAGCUUUUCUUACUGCUAUUUGAACCAGGAAAUGCCGACAUACUUUAUGCCUUGCUCUUAAAUCAGAAGUAUACUGACAGACUAAGAGAAAUCAUUUUUAAGGUCUUGGAACAAAUGUUGAAAUGCACUAAUGUUUAUGAAAGAAGCAAGCAGCGUAUUCGACUCAGAGAAGUUGGUUACUCAGGACUGGGACUACUUCUUAAUGAAGCACCUAUUAAUAUUUCUCUUAUAAAAAACCUCAUAAAUCAGAUCCUAAAUACAGAUCCUACUAUUAAUUUCAAAGAUCUGUUAGCUGUGGUAUAUAUCUCUCACAGAACACAUAUAAACAUCAGAGUGGCCAUUUGCAGAAAGAUUUUACACAUUUUACAGUCCCAGCAAGAUGCAGCACACCAAAUAGCUCAACAAGUGGGCUGGCAAGACACCCUAGUUAGGCUUUUCUUAAAAGCAAAUUUUGAAAAUGGAAAUACUCUUCACAAACACAGUAGAACCAUCUUAGUGAAAGACAAUGAUAAAGAUGUGCCAAAUGAAGAUAUUAAGAGAAACUUUGAUGAAAAGACAGAUGAGGAAAAAAGCUCCUUUGCCUCAGCCCAUGUGUCUUCAGAUCAAUGGAGUUUGGAAGACAGACAAUCUCUUGACUCGAACAUACCAUUAUUUCAAGAAGAUAGCUCUGUGGGAGAAUUGUCCUUCAAAUCAGAGAAUCAAGAAGAAUUCUGGCCUAAUAACCAUUCACAUUUGAGUUUAGAUCUCAGUGGAGUUGACUCCUGUGAAAUAAGCGAUAGUGGAAGUCAAAUACCAGACAGCCUACCAAGUACACCAUCCCCAAUAGAGUCAACUAAACCAUUUUCUGUGCCGUCUGACAAAGAAAGCAGCAUCACAAGUGAAAUGGACUUGAGUGAUGACUUCUUUUUACUUGAAAGCCAAGAGAAAUGUGAAGAGGAACUCCUUCAAUUGUUAACAAGCAUUUUGAAUUAUGUAAUGUGUAAGGGCCUAGAAAAAUCUGAUGAGGAGACUUGGAUUGAACGGGGACAAGUAUUUUCAGCACUAACUAAACCAGGGAUAUCCAGUGAGCUUCUUCGACCAUCAGAUGAAAUUAAACUGAAUUUGCUUCAGAAGAUGUUAGAGUGGGCAGUUAUGGAAAACAGAGAAGCAAAAACAAAUCCAGUAACUGCUGAAAACGCCUUCAGACUCAUGCUGAUUAUACAGGACUUUCUGCAGUCGGAAGGACUUAUUAAUUCAAGCAUGUGGACUGAGAAGCUUUUAGAGGAUAUGAUUCUUCUCUUUGAUGGCCUCUCAGUUUGGUAUUCUGAAAGUCCACAAUGGAUAAAGCUCUCGCAGAUUCAAAUCCAGUUGCUCCUAGGAUUCAUUGAAAGGGGUAAUUUGCAGAUUUGUGCAAUGGCAUCAGCUAAGCUGAAUACUCUUCUUCAGACCAAAGUGAUUGAAAGUCAGGAAGAGGCCUGUUACAUCUUGGGGAAGCUGGAGUGUGUUCUAAGUCAGUCAAUCAAGGAACAGACUGAAAUCUACUCGUUUCUGAUUCCUCUUGUCCGUACCCUGGUUUCCAAAAUCUACGAGCUUCUCUUUAUGAAUUUGCAUCUGCCAUCUUUACCUUUUACCAAUGGGAGCUCCUCAUUUUUUGAAGAUUUUCAAGAAUAUUGCAGUUCAAAUGAGUGGCAAGUUUUCAUUGAAAAAUAUAUCAUACCUUACAUGAAGCAGUAUGAGAACCACACAUUUUACAAUGGUCAGGAGAGCAUGGCGCUUUAUUGGAAAGAUUGUUACGAAGCCCUGAUGGUGGACAUGCAUAAGCGAGACCGAGAAGGAGGAGAAAGCAAGCUCAAGUUUCAGGAGUUUUUUGUGGUGCCAUUUAAUCGAAAAGCACGCCAAGAAAACUCAAGGUAUAAUAAUGUGCUUAAACAACUUAGCAGUCAACACUUAGCAACUCUGAGAUGCUGGAAGGCAGUACUGCUCUAUCUUCAAUGUGAAAGAGGACCUUGGGCUGCAAGGAAACAAAAUGCAGUUCAUUGGAAGCUAGCUAAUGUAGAAAAUUAUUCCCGCAUGAGACUUAAAUUGGUACCGAAUUACAACUUCAGAACCCAUGAUGAAGCGAGUGCUUUGAGAGAUAAUCUAGGCAUCCAGCACUCACAGCCUUCCAGUGAGUCUUUGCUUUUGGAAGUAGUAAAACAAGUAAAAGUUAAUGAGAUGGAGGAGGAUAAACUAGACCUUCCUGAAGAGGAGCUAUCUGUCAAAGAAAGCAUUGAUGAGAAAGAAAAACAGGAUCAAAAAGAAAAAUUGGUGUUGUCAGAAGACUGUGACCUCAUUACCAUAAUUAAUGUAGUUCCUGGAAGACUGGAAAUCACUACUCAGCAUGUUUACUUUCAUGAUGGCAGCACUGAAAAAGAAGAUGGGGUAGGCUUUGAUUUCAAGUGGCCUCAUUCUCAAAUUCGAGAGAUUCACUUGCGGCGCUACAACUUAAGGAGGUCCGCUCUUGAGAUUUUUCAUGUUGACCAGUCCAACUACUUUCUCAAUUUCAAAAAAGAGGUUAGAAACAAAGUAUAUACCAGACUCUUGUCGCUUCAUUCUCCAAACAGCUAUGGGACUAGAUCACCACAGGAGUUAUUCAAAGCAUCAGGAUUAACACAGAAAUGGGUGAACAGAGAGAUAUCAAAUUUUGACUACCUAAUUCAAAUAAAUACAAUGGCAGGACGGACCUACAAUGACCUUGCACAGUAUCCUGUGUUUCCCUGGAUUUUACAAGAUUAUACUUCGGAAGAACUGGACCUUAAUAACCCAUCUGUAUUUCGAGAUCUUUCUAAACCAAUUGGGGUAGUUAAUGAUAAAAAUGCUAAAGCCAUGCGAGAAAAAUAUGAAAAUUUUGAAGAUCCUAUGGGAACAAUCGACAAAUUUCAUUAUGGCACUCAUUAUUCAAAUUCUGCUGGAGUCAUGCACUAUCUUAUUCGUACAGAGCCAUUCACCACUCUUCACAUCCAGCUUCAGAGUGGAAGAUUUGACUGUGCAGACCGACAAUUCCAUUCUAUCCCUGCUACGUGGCAAGCUCUCAUGGACAAUCCGUACGAUGUGAAGGAACUUAUUCCUGAAUUCUUCUAUUUCCCAGAAUUUUUGGAAAACCAGAAUCAAUUUAAUUUGGGUCGUCUGCAAGUUUCCAGAGAAGUAGUAAAUGAUGUUAUUCUCCCCAAAUGGGCUAAAUCAGCAGAAGAUUUCAUCUAUAAGCAUAGAAAAGCCCUGGAGUCUGAAUAUGUUUCCUCUCAUCUUCAUGAAUGGAUUGAUCUGAUUUUUGGUUAUAAACAGAGGGGGCCAGCUGCAGUGGAGGCUCUCAAUGUUUUCUAUUACUGUAGUUACGAAGGAGCGGUGGAUCUGGAUGCUUUAACAGACAAGAAGGAAAGAAAAGCCCUAGAAGGGAUGAUUAAUAAUUUUGGACAAACACCUUGUCAGCUAUUAAAGGAGCCACACCCUCCUAGAUUAUCAGCAGAGGAAGCAAUGCAGAAGCAGACCAAAACAGACACUUCAACUAUAAACUUGUUUCAACACCUCCCUCAACUCAAGUCUUUUUUUAUUGAGGGAAUUAGUGAUGGUAUUCCACUUAUAAAGGCUGUUGUCCCCAAAAAUCAGUCUCGUUCUUUUAUGUAUCAAGGGAGUCCUGAAUUAUUGGUAACAGUGAGCUUGAAUUAUGUUAUUGGAACCCAUGGAUGGCUGCCUUAUGAUAGAGAAAUUUCUAAUUACUUUACGUUCUUCAAGGAUCAAACUGUGACAAAUCCAAAAACUCAGCGUACUAUGAAUAGUCCUUUUGCACCAGGACUAAAGAUCACUUCUAGGCUAUUUAUAGUAUCACAAGAUGCAAAGUUACUUUUCAGUGGUGGACACUGGGAUAAUAGCAUUCAAGUGAUGUCACUUACAAAAGGCAAAGUUAUUUCACACAAUAUCAGACAUAUGGAUAUCGUGACUUGUUUAGCUACAGAUUAUUGUGGAUUACAUUUGAUUUCUGGUUCCAAAGAUACAACUUGUAUGAUAUGGCAGAUAACACAACAGGGAGGUGUUCCUGUGGGCUUAGCAUCCAAGCCCUUUCAGAUUCUGUAUGGACACACGGAUGAAGUAUUGAGUGUCGGCAUCAGCACUGAGCUAGACAUGGCAGUGUCAGGAUCAAAGGAUGGCACGGUGAUUAUACAUACUGUUCAGAAAGGUCAAUACAUGAGGACUUUACGACCACCUUGUGAGAGUUCUUUACUCAUAACCAUUCCUAAUUUGGCAAUAUCUUGGGAAGGACAUAUUGUUAUCUACUCCAGUAUUGAAGAAAAAACUACCCUCAAGGAUAAGAAUGCAUUGCAUUUGUUUUCUAUCAAUGGCAAGUAUCUGGGAUCUCAAACUCUGACAGAACAAGUAUCAGAUAUCUGCAUAGUUGGAGAACACAUUGUUAUGGGCAGCUCACAAGGAUAUCUGUCCAUAAGAGAUCUCUACAGCUUGAAUCUCAGCAUCAAUCCAUUAUUCAUGCGAUUGCCUAUCCAUUGUGUUUGUGUAACCAAAGAAUCCAGCCAUAUCCUUGUAGGAUUAGAAGACGGCAAACUGAUUGUAGUAGGUGUCGGCAAGCCAGCUGAGGCACGACCAGGUCAGCUUUCUCGAAAAUUCUGGGGAUCUAGCAAGCGAUUCAGCCAGGUUUCAGCUGGAGAAACUGAAUAUAACACUCAAGAUUUCAAGUGAAUUGUUAUUUCCAUCUUCUACAAUGAAUAACUGAAACUUGAUUGAUUGCUUUGUCACUUCAGCCACAUCUCUCAACACUCUGAAAUAUUUCAGGGCUUUUAUCCCUGAAAAUAUUUAAGAAUUACCAAAAUUUGGUAUGGUAUGUAUAUAAAGAUGUAGAUUAUAUAAUUA